AUGCCAGAAGCCUAUGAGUACAUAGGCUUUGGUUUCGGCGUUUUAACCUUUCCGUUCUACUGUUUUCUACUAGAAAUGAUAAGAAGAUUCAGCAAAGAAUCAUCAAAAACAAACUCGUUCUACUACAUAUUGUUGCUACAUGGCUACACUGAUUUAGGUAUGUUUACACUUUUUUGUAAGGUUAAGGCUCUGGCUAGAGCCAAGGAUAGAGCUACUGUUAGGACUAGACUAGGACUAAGGUCACGGUAGGGCUAGAGCUAAGACCAGGGCUAGGGUUAAGGUCGCGACUAGGAUCUGGACUAGGAAUAGGGCAAGGCUAGGAUUAGGACCUGAACCAGGGUUAAGGCUAAGUCUUAUGACUAGGGCUAAAACUAAUUUCAGGACUAAGGUUAAGACAUCAACAAGGACUAAAACUAGGGAUAGAAGUAGACUAAAAGAAAGACUAGAUCAUUCCAAAGGCUGGGACAAGGCCUAGGGCUAGAACUACUAAUAGGAUUAGGACAAGGGUUAGAGCUAAAACUAGGGCAAGCACUAACCUCUGUAAUAUUAAGGUCAUGAACUGGGCCAAGGUUAGAGCUAGAGCUCUAAUAUUUUUUUUUAAUACUUGAAACUUAAAACUUAAAUGUGCGUAUUUUACAUUUAUUUAACAAAAUUUAAAAUGCCAUUUUCAGUCUCACUACUGAACAAUUUUGUAUUUUACACAUUGGCACGAUGGGGAGUUUGUCAGCACUGGUAUAUGUGGGCUGGAGAGCCGUUCUUAAGAGCCGGCUUCUUCUUGUCAUGGGCUUGUAAUAUGAUGCAAGCACAAGCUACAUUACUACUUGGAAUCAAUCGAUUCACGGCUAUUGUCUUCUCUCAAAUUCAUAAUAAGGUAGGUUUUUUAACUUUGAUCACUUUUUAUAAAUGUUUUUAUAUAUUUGGAUUUAAAAUACUUUUUUGCGACGAAAUGUCACAAAAUGUAUUGGUUUUUGAAAGGUCUAACAUUUGUAAAGAUAAUAUUUUAUUUUUCAUUCGUAAAAAAUUUAAAUUAUAGAUUAAAGAUAAUUCAAAACGUAGAAGUUACUUUUUCAGCUAAAAAGUGGUAUAAAAUGACGAAAAGCCACGAAAUUUAUUGAUUUUUAAAAUACGUUGUUUUUUGCUGAUAAAACUUAAAUUUGAGUAUUUUAUAAUGUUAAAAUUUUUAUAUACAGUGGAACUCCUGUAUAACGAAUUGCUCGGGGACUUGAAAUUUGUUCGUUAUAUAGGAGUUUCGUUAUACAGGAGUUUUAAAUGCACUGUGUAGUGGUAGUCGGGGAUUAAAAAGUUGUUCGUUAUAAAGGAUCUUUGUUAUGGAAGGGUUCAUUAUGCAGGAGUUCCACUGUAAUAUGAUAAACUGUUAUAUCUUCAUUAAAAAAAUGAAGUAUUAACAUUUUGACGAAAUGUCACAAAAUUUCUUAGUUUUCUAAAAUACGCUUUUUUAAUAAAGCUUUAAACAAAUAUUAACUUAAAGUUACAGUAUUUUCUAUAAAUUAUUAUGUUUUUUGCAAAAAGUCAUGUUUCAAGAGUUUUUGACGAAAUGUCACAAAAUUUAUUGAUUUUACAAAACAUCAAAGUUUUAUACAAAAUGACAAUUAUAGCUAUGGACAAGCUCAAGAGUAGCAAUAACGGCUUUUAUUUGUAUACCUGGCUUGAUUAUGGGUACUGUUGUUAUGUUUACUGAUGUUUACUAUAUGGUGUACAAGUCUACUGGUCUUAUACCGAGAAUGGUUAGGUAUGUGCUUAAAAUGGCUAACAGUGUUUUGGAAUUCCGUAUUUUACACACUUUUUGAAUUUUUAAAAAUUUUGAGUGCUAUUUACAGUAUGAUUAUGUUACAGUGUGUAUGUUUACCGUAAUUGAACCAUAGUUAACGUAAAAUGUUGCAGUAAAGCCCUACCACACGUUGGAUUUGGAGUAUCAGGUCUACUCAUGGUAAUUUACUGUAUUGCUCUCAUAAUUAUGUAUAUGUACAUAUGGUAUGUAGUACGACAACAUCGGUUCAGUACUGUAUAUGAAAAUAAUACCAGCUCUCACAGAGUAAAUGUGCAGAGACGAAGAGAAAAGAAACUCUUGAUAAUGUCAGCAUUGAUUUGUGCUACUCAAGUUGUCGCGACUUCAUUCUUGGGCUACAAGUUCUUUCAUGGCAGCAUCGACCAGGAUCUGAGCUUGUACAAUUUCUUUAGGUAUGGUGGGUAGGGUGGCGCAGGUUAGGGUAGGGUAGAGUAUGGUAGGGUCGAUGUGGGUAGAGGUAGGGUUUGGGAGGGUUUUAAUUUUUUUUAAAGGUUCAAAGAAAAAUGAAAUUUAAAAUCUUUUUUAGCACAAUGUACAGUGCAAUGAACCCAUACUUUGUAAUAGCCUUCAGUGAAGUCAUUCGACAACGUUGUGUUGAAAUAUUUUCUUGUGGAAGCCAACCGACUAAAGUGGAUCCACAAAGCUCAACGCUGGCCGUUAUCACGAGUGGUCGGAAGACACUGACGUUUGGGCAACAUUUGUAA